UUCACUUAGAAAACAAAAAACAUUCAUUCUCCCACACUCUCGAAUUCAUCAUCGACAUUUGGAAGCCGAAAUCGUCGAGCAUACGUCCGAACAAUGAGUAGCGACUCCGACGAGGUAAAAAUCUCGUUUUAAAAAAAAAAAAAAAAAAAUCUCGACCGAAUGUGAUUUUCGGUUGGUCCAUGGUCAAACCGAAGUCAACAUUCGGUUGAGCCAUGGUCAAACCGAAGUCAACAUUCGGUUGAGCCAUGGUCAAACCGAAAGUUGACUUCGGUUUGACCAUGGCUCAACCGAAUGUUGACUUCGGUUUGACCAUGGCUCAACCGAAGUCUUCGUUCGGUGAAGGGCGCCGCGGAACGAACGGAGCUUACCUUCUUCUCCGGCGAGCACGGACGGCAGGCGAGAGGAGGGCUGACGGCGACGGCUGGGCGACGGCGAGUGCGUGGCGGCGUGGGACGGCAGGCCACUGGAGGAGGGCUGCGACGGCGACGGCGGACGAGGACUCACGGCGACGGGGGAAGGGCGAGGUGGGCCGGCGGGUGACUGACGGCGACGACCCGCCGUGGUCUCUCUGCGGCUGGGCGAUGGUCAAACCGGCGGCGAGUGACUGACGGGGAGGUCGGCGGCUGUUGGUGGACGGGGGAAGGGAAGUGGAGGAAGGGGAAGUAUGCGAAGUGGAGGAAGGGGAGUGUUUGGCUAGGGUUUGUGUUUUAAUUUUAAAAAGGGUAAUUAAGUAAUUUACGUAUUAAGUUAGGACGACGAUUAGUAAUUUUUAGGACGACCUUUAACCCUUCAGUAAAAAUAUUGUGGUGUUAAAUUGCAGAUUAGUGACAUAAUUGGGAUUAUGUUUGAAAGAUUAGGAAUUGAGAGGUAGUUCAAUGAUUUCAUGUUCAUGUUCAUUUUAUUUUAUUUUUUUCAAUUUUUUGUUAGACAAAAAGUCGUUAAUGCUUUGUUGUAAAACCAGUUUAUAUCGUUGCGCCAGUUUAGCAAGUGAAAUUGUUCGAUAAGUAGUACAAUCAGUUUAUGAUGGUGUAACAAAAUAUAGAGAAAUGUGAAUGUCCCUUUGACAUCAAAUUAAUUUAAGCAUAUAUAAAACACAUUUGAAGACCAUUAACAUACCAUUCAUAUUCAUGUUUAAUUAAAAUACAAAAUUCCAUAUAAAAUAAUAAUUAACAUACAGUUCGGGCUGCAUAUGAGGUGAGACAUGGGGUUUGGCUUAUUCGCAAGGCAAAGAACAUCCAUACAUGCAGUUUGUCAAUUCUUUCUCUUGAUCAUAGGUAGUUGUAUGCAAGAAAAGUUGCACAAACGAUCAAGCAGCUUGUUGAGGUGCAACCUGGGAACACUGUAAAGGUUGUCAUUUCAAAAAUGAAGAAUCGGCAUGGCUACACUAUCAGGUACAAGAAACCAUGUCAUGGAAAGCAGAAAAUAAUGGCAGAGGUGUUCGGUGAUUAGGUCGGAUCAUAUGCUUACCUACCCCGAUAGAUUCUAAGGUGUGUGUUUUAAUUGAAGUUGCAUGCCGGUAUUUCAAGUUAUGAAUGUUUGAGUAUGUAUGUUUGAGACUAUGUUUGUGUUUGGUAAUGCAUGUCCUUCGUUUAAGUUAUUGUUUUGAGCAUUUCAAUAUCUACCUUUAAGCAGUUUGAUAUGAUCCCAAAUUGUCAACCAUUCACGUCACAAUUACUUGACAAAGAAGCAAUCGAAGUUGGGAAGAAGAAAGGCAGAAUUUGGUUAAGUGUUGGGAUAGUUUCGAGAUGCCUAGUUUGGAGGCAUGGUUCUCACAAUUGGCUCACUGAAAAUUGGAGUUCAAGGGCUUGUUUUACAGAUAAAGUUGCCAUGUUUCUAAUGGUAUUCUUUGUGGAUCCAGAAGAUGUCAUUAAGGUUGUUUUCCAAAGCCUCAAAGUUGCUACCUCAAAACUGGAAAACUGCCAGAAAAUGGCUUGAGGCAGAAAACUAUUUUGUGAAGUCUACUUUGGAGCUCAAUUCAAGGAGCAUGGAUUGGAUUCAAGUCAAAAGGCUUCCACAACAUGAAACUAGGUAUGUUUUUGAACAAAGGGAAGGAAUUGGAUGAAUAAUUUGAGUUCUGGAAGGCCUCGAACGAAAGGUGUGAAGUUAGUACGAAAGCUGCCUUUUGACUGCUUUGCUGGCAGCUUACUUGUGCUUCAAGAAAGGGAGUUUAAACCA